UGAUGGUGGAACUCUGACGUCCACUCUCAUCAACCUCAGUGAAGUGUCUGUACUGGAUGAUAGCAAUGUCACCUGUACUAUUACUAACAAUAGUUCUGCGUCACAGCAACAGCAAACCAUCAUGGUUGCUGCUCCUCCAUUAUCACUCUGGACUGGGACCCUCCCUCCUCUACUGGUGGUGUGUCUGUCAGCUAUGUCCUCAUCAUCUCCCCAACACCUCUCUCCGGAUCACCAGUCACUGUGGAGACCACCUCGGCACAGAUAAUCAUCUCCUAUAACACUCCCUACAAUGUGACCAUCAGAGCUGUCAACUGUGCUGGAUCGAGCAGUGAUGUCAUGCCAAUGAUUCAUGCUAUUGUUACAUGCCCCUCUAACCCACCACCUGCCAACCGAGUGACCAUCAAUGGUGCUCCUCCACUGCCUGCACUAGUAGGAUCAACUCUUAGUUUCACUUGCAAUGGACAGACGCUACUAGCAACCUGUGAGAGUGAUGGACGAUGGUCACAUGACCCCACCACAUAUGACUGUCCCUCAGUGCACUGCUCUCUUCCUCCUGAGCUGUGCAAUGGUGCUAUAGUGGACUAUGAUAGGUUGAACGAGACAGUGGUGGAGGGAACAGUGCUGACUUACCAGUGUGACAAUGAAUUCUCAUUGACUGGACCCAACAACAUCAAUUGUACUAAUGCUGGACUCUGGAGCAUUGAGCCUGAGGCAAUCAAGUGUGUACUUAGGACUGAAGGUUCUACAGUCGCCAUCCUAUCUACUGGUGAAGCUAUCGCUAUAAGUUUUGUCAUAACUUUCAUUGUGGCUGCAAUUCUUGGACUCCUAGUGAUGCACUUGUGCUCAGGCUCUUGUAAGAAGGCAGUAUACUCUCCAGCAACUAAAGAACAAGCUAAUAUAGGACCCACUGCACCAGUUGGUCCUGUUUAUGAGGAGGUGUCACCCAAAGAUGAGAUUGAACUGAAUACUAACCAGGCGUACGGACCUGUUGCACUAUAACUAUGUAUACGUUCCAGCCAGUAUUAUAUUAUCAGUUAUAGCUGCAUGGAGUACAUGCAUGUUUUACCUUGUAUACCAAACAACAAAGAUUAUGAUGAAUGUUCUGGUGAAGUUUUCCAUGC